AUGUCUCGUCAUCUUGUUCGUAAUCGCGUCGGCCAAUUCGGAGGAUGGAUGCCCCAAGACAAGCAUGUCCUAGCAUCGUGGCUCACCAAGAAGUUAGCGCAAGCUGGUGAUCCUGAGGCUAACUCGGGCAGCUGGAACUCAGUCAUCUGCGAAUUCCGUCGAUUAAUCGAAGACACCCCCGAGAUUUAUAAAGGAUUCCACGAGAUGUUCGCUCAGAUUCCCCCUGACUACGAGAAUGACCCCACGGGCACGCCCCAGAUCAAGGACUACAUGACGAUGUUGAACCUUCUCAAUGUCAUCAUCAGCGAAGCGCCAGAAUGGCAUUACGAUCCCGAGAACCCAUCGGCAAAUGACCUUGUCGGUUUCCCCAUCAACGCAGUCCUCGACUGGCCGAUGGGAACUGACGCGGGAUAUGCAAUGUUCAUCAGCCCUGCAGUCAAUGCUCAGUUCAAGAAGAUGUUCGAUGUUUGGACUACAUACCUGACUUCCUACGCAUCCACCGCCGUUCUUACCAACGCCGAGAACGGGUGGUUCGGCCCAUCUGCCCUCGAACAGUUUCCAAACUUUGCCCAGACAUAUGUCUGCGACCCCGACGACCCUUCAGGGCAUUACGGAUUCACGUCGUGGGAUGGAUUUUUCACCAGGCUUUUCCAGCCUGGCCAGAGAGAGAUCGAUGCCGAGCUUGUUGAUAACGACGCUAUCGUCCACAGCGCUUGCGAGUCAUCGGUCUACCGUGUCGCUACCCAUGUCCAAGCUCGCGACCGAUUCUGGCUCAAGGGACAACCAUACUCUGUCAUCCACAUGCUGAAUAAUGACCCAUACGCGUCUCAGUUCGUCGGUGGGACCAUCUACCAAGCGUUCUUGAGCGCCACCAAGUAUCAUCGCUGGCACAGUCCCGUAAACGGAGUUGUAGUGAAAACCGUCUUGGUCCCGGGGACGUACUACGCCGAGUCUCCUACUGAGAGCUUUGAAGGUGAUAUAGACGGCGACGGCCCGGACCCCGCUGGUCCUAACCUUUCCCAGGCAUUCAUCACGUCCAUGGCUACCCGCUGCCUUAUUUUCAUUCGCGCGAAAGACCCUCGAAUCGGGUUAAUCUGCUUCAUAGGUGUUGGGAUGGCGGAGGUUUCCACUUGCGAGAUGACGGUGAAGGAAGGAGAUGCAGUUUCCAAAGGCCAGGAAAUCGGGAUGUUCCACUUUGGUGGAUCUACGCAUUGUCUCUUGUUCAGGCCGGAGACUGAUAUUCAGAUCGACGAUGCCUAUAUUCCGAAGAACGACACCGAUAGCCCAGAAGUGCAUGUCAAGGCUCCCAUCGCUUGGGUAGGAGACAAACCCUACAACUGA